CCAAUCGCGCCGCCUCCAACGUGUCCAGGUUGGCGGCCCCCGGCGCGCCCGGCCGGCCUGGAUGAGCGCAGCGCGCAGGGGAGGGCGCGGUUCGCGGCGGCGCCCGGGACGGUGGGAGCCGCGGGGACCCCGGCUGCGGCCCUGAUGACUGAACUACAGCAGGAUGUGGACGACACAAAGCCUGUCAAAGGGCUGGGGAAGAGAGAGAGCAAAGUUGGCUCAGCCCCCUCCGAGGCUGAGAAUGGCGUGGAGGAGAAGAAAAAGGUGUCCCGGUCGCCAACGGUCCAGUCCCCCACCCUAUCCAGUGAGGCCGAGUCCCCAGACCAGAGGAAAAUCAUUUGCCUGCGCCCACAUCUUCUCUCCAAAUCUCUACUUCAUUCAGGACCACGAGAAGUCCACCAGCUCUGACGGUGCCAUUUUAGCGCGUGAGAAGAACGACUGUAAGACAGAGGACAAGAAUGACUCCAAGAUGGAACGGAAAAAGUCAUCAUCCUCCUCCAGCCAGUACAAAGCCAACAUGCACUUCCACAAGGUGUUUCUCGAAGUCCCCACAGAGGAGCCGCUGCAGCAAAGUUUUACCUGUGCUCUCCAGAAAGAAAUACUCUAUCAAGGAAAGCUCUUUGUAUCAGAAAACUGGAUUUGUUUUCAUUCCAAGGUCUUUGGGAAAGACACCAAGAUCUCCAUUCCGACUUUCUCAGUCACCCAGCUCAAGAAAACCAAAACUGCCCUGCUGGUGCCAAAUGCCCUGGUCAUCACCACAGACACGGACAGAUACAUAUUUGUCUCCCUACUCUCCAGAGAUUCCACUUACAAGCUAAUAAAAUCUGUGUGUAGACACUUAGAGAAUACAAGUGUUGCUAACAGUCCCAAUCCGUCUUCUCUCGAGAACAGUUUCCGGGCAGACCGCCCUUCGUCGCUGCCUCUGGAUUUCAAUGAUGAAUUCUCAGACCUGGAUGGAGUGGUUCGGCAAAGAAGGAAACACAUGGAAGGCUACAGCAGUUCUGGUUCUCAGACCCCAGAAUCGGAAAACUCUCGAGAUUUCCUUGUGGCCGAAUCCCAGGCAGCUCUGAAUGUCUCCAAGGGAGAAGCCAAGCCAGCACGGGUAGAUGCCCAUGUGAAUAGAGUGCCCGAAGGAAAAGCUAAGAGCCUCCCAGCACAUGGUAAGCCAGAAGCCACUGGGAUCCUCCACAAAGUAAAGCCUCAGAAAUGUCUGAGUGUCCACCAUAUUCUUAUAUUCUAUGCACUUGUUGUCUGUGUACUAGUCAUCUCAACCUUCUACAUGAGACACAGAAUUAAUACCCUGGAGGACCGGCUGGGGUCACUCACCACCAAUAUGGACACCCAUCCUACUGAACAGACAGCACCAUCCGGCCUGGGGUCACAAGUUCAAUUAAAUGUGGAGGUCCUCUGCCAAGAGCUUACAGCUAACAUAAUGAAAUUAGAAAAGAUACAAAACAACUUACAAAAGCUACUUGAGAACGGUGACUGACCAACCCGAGGACCUGGGAUACCAAGAAACCUCGGGCUUCCCUUAGAAGACAGUGCUCCUGACCGGGCCUAGGAAAGUGCUCCCUGCUGGCGGAGGAGCAAGUGAGCGAGCGGACGAGCAGAUGGACAGGAGCCCACGUGCACCAGGGUGGUGUCCGCUCCAACGAGGGGUGGGGAGAGCUUCAGUUCUUGUGCAAUAAAAGUUGACCUUGGCUCUGAGUUUUCCCAGCUGCUGCCUACAGCACAUUAACCUCUCUGGGAGGUCUCAGAAAGGGGCAGCGGGGGGCCUCUCAGAUGGUGAUGGUGACAGUCAGCCAACACUCCACUCCCUGCUUCUCAUUUCCCCGUCCCCCACCAAAGAAAACAAAAAAAACCCCAGUCUCUUCUCUUCUGUCACUGCUUUCAUCACCUUUCAAAGUAAAGGCUCCAUCACACAUAAACACACUUCAGGCUGCCCCAGAGGCAUGUGUCCUGCUGCCUAAAGCUGGCAGCUCCAAAGGACAGACUCACUUCCAACCAUCCCCCAACCCCAACCUUCUUCCUGGCUGCUGUGAUGUUCUCGUAGGACCCUCUUGCAUGUGUGAACUGUGAGAUUAACCUCUCCCAUCUCACCCAUGCUUUUCUCUUUCUUUUUGUUUCUCUAACAUAAUCGGGCUGAUUCUCACCCAACCCAGGUCAAGAAUCUUUGAGAUGUGGGUGGAAGUGCUCAAUUAAACUUUGAAACCCAAACUAAUCUUGAAGCCAAAAAAAACAGCACAACGAUUGGAUAUAAGAUGAAAAACACCAAAUGGUCUUAAGAUCAUAGAUGGAGGAUAUUUGGAAUUUAACAGGCUGGCUGAACUCAAAGCUGAAAAUCCAUUUGAGAUGGCAAUAAUAACAUGCUCUUAUUUUUCACUAAAAUGAGUAACUGGUGUUUUGCUAACUCCUACUUUCCAUAAGGGUUGACUGGGUUUUUAUUAGUGACUCUCUAGGUACCAAAAGAUCUGUAAGUAUAAGAGAUACUCUGUUCCUAUCUGCAAUGCAUUUUAUAAUCAUUUCUAUGAAAUGUAUUUUAUUCAAUCAAAUAAGCUAAUAAGUGAAUUGGUGACGUCAUUUGUAUUUGUUAGCCUUAUGGACAAGAACUGUGCCUGGUGCACCCUUUGCUUUGAAUAAAUACCCAUUGGUUAAAA